AUGAAUGGAGUCAUGGAGCCUUUUCCGGCUGGCGACCGUGUCUCAAAUUGUGCCAGCCUGUCCCAGGAUGCUUGGACGAAGGAAGUGCAGCUACUCCUUCGCGACAUGCCUGAAGUCCUUGACGACUCUCCUCAUCAAGAAGCUGCUCGAGAGGAGGCGAUCAUGCUCUUGAGGAAUGUGAUUGCGUUGCGGUGGGGCUACAUCAUAGGAUUGAAAGACAAAGUCCCUGGUUCCCAUUUCAAGUCUUUGGUGGGCGGAAUGGUGUCGACUCUGAAUACGCUACUUGAGGUUCAUGGGCCUCACAUUCCCUUUUGCCCGAAUCCACCUGACAAACAGCUUGAAUUGGAGAAUGAGAAUGCCAGCCCAGAGAAACCCCUGCCCCCACCUGAUGAAGGCAGCAGUACCACAGCCAGCAGCAAAUCCGCACCUCCGAGUGUACUGCCACACGACUUCAAGUUCCUUACAGUGCAUGUGGACGGCAAGAGUGAAGUUUGGACAUGUCUGCAGGUGCCAUCAGUGUGGGGAGUUGAUGGGUAUGUGAACUUCUACGGGAUGAGCGAAGUUUGGAUGUACAAGACCAAAUUUUUCGCGUGGUACACCAAGUCUUUCAACGAGUUCUACUUGCCGACAGCCGCGUUUCUGGAAAUGUCCCCUGGUCAUGUCAUGAGACGAAGCACUUACAGAGGAGAUGACAAGCCGACCCACUAUCUCCCGGUGGAUGCGGCUUCUGUCAUGGGUAUUGUGUGUGUGGUGGGCAGCAUACUGCCAGCAAAAUCUCUGGCUCGCGAAGCUAUGCUGAUCUCAGUCACGACUCUCAAGAAGAUGGAAUCAUGCGUGGAAAACCCAGAGAGAGAGUUGGUUGCUCCCCUGCGAAACGGGGAUAAGCUCAGGUUGGAGACUAGGUCCACUGGCUUGUUUGCUUUGUCCGACCUCAAACACUUUUUCAAGAAGCUGGGAAUCGACUUUACCAGGUUCAGCAAAAAAUUGCCAUCAGAUGCUGCGGAAGUUGGCAUCCCCGAGAUUAUCUGCACCAUGUUUCGAAUGAGGUGUGAUCCUUCGAGCCAAGAUCCGAAUUCACCCAUGAACCGCUUUCUGUUCAGACUAGUUCACAAAUGGUGUCAGAAAGUUGAAGCAUCAAUGGAACAGAAACUGCAGGAGACCUGUCCAGAUCCCAGCGUUGGGGCACGAGUUCAUCUCUUUUUGAAAAGCUCACGGAUGAAAGGCAACAAAGCUCUCCAGCUCAGCAUUGUCGGCCGCUUCUCAGCAAGGAGUGCAGGAUUUAUGACUACCAAGAACACGACCUUAGCUUCGCUGGGUGUCCUUCCGGCCAACAGCAGUCUUGCCCAACGAACGUGCCAGGAGUAUGCCAUGCGGUACUUGAUCAAGUCAAACCAGCACAUGAGUGAAGCCCUGUUGCAAUCGAAAGUGGUAAACUUCACCUUUGACGCGGCAUUCGUUGCUGAAGAACACGUGCUCACCGUUGUCUUUCGGUCCAUUGGUAAGCAGUUCUCGGGAGCCACCCAGUUGCUGCCGACUGGUCUCAGUGCUGAGCAGUCACAGAAAGCCUUACAGGCCUUCUGCCAAGCAUUCAAGACAAUGUACUGCCAGUCUGGUCAGGUGCCGUCCAUCCCACAGAAAAUUGACUUUGGGUGGAAGGAAUUUCGAGUGCCCACGAAAAACAUGCUCAUGGGCAUUAGCAAUGCGCUGGUGCAAAUCAUGCCACCUGAUUUCACUUUGCAAAAGUGCAUUCCUCCGGUCCGUUUGGUGCCUCGAGCUACUCAAGCUGACCGGCUUCUCUUGACUGAUGACGAGAAGACAAUGCUUGGAUUGGGACCUUGGGCCAAAGACUGUGACCUCUACUUUGUCUACAACUACGCCUCACAGACGUGCUUUGUGGACUUUAUCGAGGACAACGACUUCUACAAGCUGUGCUUUUCAGCGGAUGAAGGGACUGAGGGCUUCCUGGUGUUCCUGCACAUGAGUUGCUGCGGGGUCUACGCGACCUUUUGGCCGGACUUACUGCACAAGCUUGCGAGGAGAUGCUGCUACGCCAUGCAGCGAAGCAAGGCUCAUUUGACACUUCGGAGGAUCAACAAACUCUUUCGGUUGGACAGAGGACCAUGGAGCACCUCGAAGUUCGGCAAACAGUUGAGUGAUGCCCGCAAGAUGCUGAUUGAUGGUCUUCAAUCCUCUUCGCUUGAUGAGUCGGUGAUUGAAAGUUUCCUCCCUGGCAUAGCCAGAGACUACAACUUGUCCGCAGACGGCUUCACAACUGUGGAUUUUCUGCGAGUCCUACAAGCCAAGAGAGGAAACCACGUGUUUUCCACAGAGCACAAGGAUACCCGUUGGUUCUCGUGGUGGGACCACGCUGCCAAACAUGACUCUUCUUGGCAUACCCAGGCUCUGACUCAUAUGAUGUUGUGGGUGGCAGAAGGCGAGAACCCUUGGUCGAAGCUGACACCUCAGGUGGAAGGCGAUAGCAAGAACCCGACCUCUUUUUCAUCCCGGCAAUUUGCCUGGAACGUCUUGAGUGACGACACGAACCAAGAUGAAAUGAGGUCAAUGCUGACUGUCUUCAAAAGCAUGAGGAUCUAUGCAGCAGAGUACGACAGAGACCUUCAGAGACAGGAUACAGCAAGCGCAAAGCAUGCAAUCAGCCUGGCAAGCGGCAAGCGCGUGCAGAAGCUGAUCAGGAAGACAAUUUCGGAUUCGACGUCUCCAGCAAGUUUGCAGUACAUUGGUGCCUGCGACCCUUCACCAGAGUCGGAGGAUGUCUUGCAAUUCCACAGCGACCUGUUGAUGUACCAGAUUGAAGGUUUGCAGGGCAUUUCGCCUGUUCACCAGUCUUUCCCGUGGAGAGUCGUGCAGUGUUUGGACCCAGCAUCAUGGACGACAGUCCUGAAAGAUAUGAAGGAGAUUUGGCAGUUCACCACUGAGUUUGCAGAUACACUUCGGCAGAAUGAUGCUCUUUUCAACGAACUGCAAGUGACUCGCUUCCAGAACUUCCGAGACACCAUGACAAAAGCAGAGUACUUCAAGUUUGACCCAGCUCGGAUGGGAACGCCGAGCUCAGCCCCGUUCGAGGAGUCAAUCUUGAGCAUUUGCGGUUUGACAUCGACUUCCAAAAUGGACAGCUUGCUGUCGUCCCUGCCGUGUGAGCUCGCGUUCAACCAGCUCAGGGACGCCUGCCGCAGACACAGCAAAAUGGAGAAGGCCAAUGGAGCAGCUUUGUUUUCAGUAUGUUCAAAGGCAAGUAUGAAGCACUGUUUCGGCGCUGAAACCCUUGAGCUUUCUGCCGAUGAUUGGGCGCAAAGCCUCCAAGGACGCAAAGAAGUCAAGACGCAGGUGCAUUCAGCCAUGCGAUGUACCGACGUGUCACUGGGGAUCAGCGCGGAAGGUCUUACAAGGAACCGGUCGUCGAAGCAGUUCACCAAACCACACAUCUUUGCCUAUCGACUACAGCUACUCCAAGCCUUGUCCAAGGCAUUUCAUGACUUCGAGGGGGCCGAUCCUGAUGAGCGCCGAGAUCACAUCAACGCCCUCUACAGCAAGAUGUGGGUGAGCAAGGUGGUGCCGGAGCUUUGGUUCCUUCGGAACAAGGGAGAUCCGGACGAUGGUGACAAUUCCUUGGUGGUGGUUCGAAGUGGGCCAUUUACCCUAGGUUGUGUGCUCAUGGUCAAGUGCCAGGACGGCAACUACAAAUUCCAGGACGACCCCUACGUGUUGGCUUUACCUGGUGACUUUGAUGAGCGAGAAGUUGCACACAUGGCGCCAAUAGUCAGCACAGAUGGCUUUUUGCGCUGGCACCGCGACGGAGAUUGGAUGGGCUUGGCCGACUACAUCGCUGAUGUCGGCAUCAUCACCAUGCCAGCCAGUCUUUUUGGAUUGGUUUGCAGAGAAAUGAAGCUCAAGACUGGCAAGCUUGACCACAUCAACCGGUGUGAGUUCUUUUUGAAACACAUGGGACGUUCACCAGACAUGAUUGAGAAAAUCUUGGAGCAGGUCCGUGCAAACCAGAAACAGAGGAAGCAGACCAAGAAGAAAAAGGCUGAAGACGGUGAGGACGAGGAGGACAGACUUAGAUUGCAUGUUUCUGCAUUUUCUGUUAGUUGGUAG